AUUAACCUCUUGUUGACAUUUCAUCAUACAGUUUCCCUGCGAGCCCCGAUCCGACCUCAAUCACCAAUUCAGCCACCUCCACCGCCGUCGUACCAUCUUCUACGGUUUCAACAUCUUCUCACCUCAAUCCAUCAUUGAACAUAGCCAUUCUUCAUCACCUUCCCAUCAACUAACUGAAAUUCACCCCACUUCCUACAAUGUUCGCUCCUCGCGGCAAUAAAUCUCAACUCAUCCAACCCAAUAAACGCUUUCUCUAUAGUCUGUUCGGUCCAACCCAAUCCAAUAAUUGCACUCCUUCGUCACCCACCUCCCACACCCUCUCAAAUUCAACAUUCUUGUCCCAAUUACGCGGUAAACCACCUAAAAAUGCAGUCUUGUUCAGAAACCUAUCUGCUGCAUCCCAUUCUACGCGAAUCUACAAAGGCCCGAUAUCAAGAACAUUGAGGAGGAGAAUCAAGAAGAGAGAGAUAGCCGCGGCGAAACCCGUUCUAAACGAGUCUCUUUUCCAAGCAGCAAAAUCCCAACUCCCACCGAGAUUCACUCCUGAAGAGCUGCACGAUGUCAUAGCCUUACUUGAAGAUCCGCUAGUUUGUUUCGAGCUUUUCAAUUGGGCAUCCCAGCAGCACAGAUUCAGGCACAAUGCGUUGACAUUUCACAUUACGAUCAAGAAGCUCGGUGCAGCUAAAAUGUACGAGGAGAUGGAUUGUGUCGUUAAUCAGGUGCUAGCCGUUUCUUCUAUUGCUUCCGAGCCCCUUUAUAAUAGCAUGAUUUACUACUUCACCGAAGCUCGGAAAUUGGUUAGAGCUGUCAAUAUAUUCAAGCGUAUGUGUGAUUGUAGGAAAUUGGAUAGCAGGCCAACUAUAAGAACUUACAAUAUAUUAUUUGCUGCGCUUCUGAGCCGUGGAAAGAAUUCUUACAUUAAUCAUAUGUAUAUGGAGACUAUUCGAAGCUUGUUCAAGCAAAUGGUGGAUGCUGGGAUUGAGCCUGAUAUUUUUUGUCUCAAUUCUAUGAUCAAAGGAUAUGUGCUUUCACUUCAUGUCAAUGAUGCACUUAGAAUCUUUCACCAGAUGGGCACGGCUUAUGAAUGCCAGCCAAACUCGUUUUCGUAUGAUUAUUUGAUUCAUGGGCUGUGUGCACAAGGCCGAACGCUGAAUGCUAGAGAGAUUUGUGAUAGGAUGAAGAAAAGUGGUUUUGUGCCUAGCAGUAAAUCGUAUAACUCCCUUGUGAACUCAUUGGCUCUCGAGGGGGAGGUUGAUGAGGCUGUGAAGUUCUUGUGGGAGAUGGCUGAGCACCAGAGGUGGGCUGAUGUCAUCACUUAUAGAACUCUCUCGACUGAAAUGUUACGACAGAGAGGGACUAGAGAGGCUUUGAGGUUCUUGGACCUGUUGCAAGAAAAGAAACUUGUAGAUGGGCAGACAUAUCAAAAGAUUGUGUAUGAACUCGAAGAUAACUCUCAUUAUGAAAAUAUAUGAUUUGUAUUCAGGUAGAUGGCUGGACCGGUUUUUUCUAAUAACCGUUGUGUAAGUCCUCCUGUUCAUAUCGUGCUGAAAGAAAGAGGAUCAAUAAGUUUAGUUAUGCCAGUACAGGCGUUCGAGUUUUGGUUUGUUCUGUAUUUUUAUUUAUAGUUCAAGAAUCAAGAUAAAUAUAUUGUGUU